GCAGAGGUAACGAUUUCGAAGCGCGAUUUGAUUUCUGUUGAGGAACGACGUCGUUCAGUGGACAUGGCUCAGGAGAAGUACUCUCAGCACUCUUUGUUCGGCGGCGCCAUUUCUAGCCUCUUUCCUGAUCGAUUUCAGGAUGUGAGCGAUGAUGUCCGUGAGGUUCCUGAUCACCAGGAGGCGUUUGUGGACCCGGCCCGCGACGAGAGCUUGAUCUUUGAGCUGUUGGAUUUGAAGCCUGAAGUUGGGGACAAUGGAAGUGCUACCUGGUUUCUUCAGGACCUUGCUACUGAACAGGAGGCUGAGGGAAGUGUGUUGAUUGAGCAGUCGGGAGUAGUGGAGGUCCCUGGACUAAGUUACGGAAAUAUACCUGCUGUUGUUACAACUGCAGUUGGCCAAAUGGCCAUCUCCAAGGAGCGACAAGGAAGGGAUGCACAAAAUACCGUGAGGGUCUAUGUGGCAAAUCUACGACUUAAGGGAGUUUCUACAGAUGUGCUAAUUACUGCAUAUGAACCCAUUCAUAUCAAUCCUUUGAGCGAAAGUGCUAGCACAGUCGGCUCCAGUAAUGCUGCUCCAGCAUUACAUUCUGGGCACGUGCCAAUGGUUGAAGUCUUCAGACUUGCCAUCUCAAGCUUCAAAGUCAGUGACUGGAAUCUCUUUGGUUCUGGGCCAUGAGAGAUGUUUCAAACAUUUACCUCCUCCAGAGUUUUAGGCUAGUUUCAAACCUCUCCUUUGCAUUCUCUUUUGCUAUAGCUGAUUCUGAUAGUAUGAUGUUCUCACCAUAUGAAGUGGUCGAUCAGUGAUUGCAAUGUAUGAAAAACAACCGUACUUGAAUGUAGUCUUGGUCAUUUCAUUUGUGUACCAAGUAAUUUCUCAAUAUAUCAGUUACUUUGGCGAAGAC